UAGCAAAGAAUUGAAGAAGCUAAGGUAUAAAAAGGGGAGGCAGUGAUGACAGGAACGAUGGAUUCACAAGAUGAUGAAACCACACCAUACAUUCACAGGGUUGGGGCCCCUCCAAAAGUGGACCCGUUCGAGGAGUUCAAGGACACGGUUAAGGAAACGCUAUUUGCAGAUGAUCCUUUGCGCUCAUUUAAGCAUCAGUCAGGGCCGAGAAAGUUUGUCAUUUUCAUGCAGGCGAUUUUCCCCAUUCUUGAAUGGGGAAGACACUAUACCUUUGCUAAGUUCAAAGGAGAUGUCAUUUCUGGUUUCACCAUCGCAAGCCUCUGCAUUCCUCAGGACAUUGGGUAUUCCAAGCUGGCAAACGUAGAACCUCAGCAUGCAUUAUACACGAGCUUUGUUGCACCACUGGUUUACGCAUCAAUGGGCAGCUCAAGAGAGAUUGCCAUAGGGCCAGUUGCGGUUGUGUCUCUCUUGCUGGGAACUAUGCUUCGGAGUGAAAUUGAUCCUGUUAAGAACAAAACUGAGUACAUGAGUCUUGCAUUUACUGCCACUUUUUUUGCUGGCAUCACACAAGCACUCCUUGGGAUUCUCAGAUUGGGAUUUUUGAUCGAUUUCUUGUCUCAUGCUGCUAUUGUUGGUUUUGUGGGUGGCGCCGCCAUCACAAUAGCCCUCCAGCAGCUAAAAGGUUUUCUUGGCAUAAAACAUUUUACUAAGAAAACUGAUAUUGUCUCUGUAAUGAAGUCUGUAUGGGGUGAAGUCCGUCAUGGAUGGAAUUGGCAGACCAUUGUGAUUGGAGCUUCCUUCCUAGUUUUCCUGUUAUUAGCAAAGUAUAUUGGGAAGAAAAACAAGAGACUCUUUUGGGUACCUGCAAUUGCUCCACUAAUAUCUGUCGUUCUCUCUACGCUCUUUGUCUACAUUACACAUGCAGACAAGAAAGGAGUUGCGAUUGUAAACCACAUUAAAAAAGGAAUCAAUCCUUCCUCCGUGAAUCAAAUUUACUUUACUGGAGAAUAUGUUUUGAAAGGAGUGAAGAUCGGUCUUGUAGCUGGCAUGAUUGGAUUAACAGAAGCUGUGGCGAUUGGGCGAACAUUUGCUUCCAUGAGGGGCUAUCAAGUGGAUGGAAACAAGGAAAUGGUGGCACUAGGAGCCAUGAACAUUGUUGGCUCAAUGACCUCCUGCUAUGUGGCAACAGGUUCGUUUUCUCGGUCAGCAGUAAACUACAUGGCCGGUUGCAACACAGCAGUUUCUAACAUGGUGAUGUCCAGUGUUGUAUGUCUAACGUUGUUAUUCUUAACCCCCAUCUUUAAGUACACGCCAAACGCAAUCCUGUCUGCCAUCAUUAUGUCUGCAGUCAUCGGCUUAAUAGAUUACGAAGCAGCCAUCUUGAUUUGGAAAAUAGACAAAUUUGAUUUUGUUGCUUGUAUGGGGGCAUUUCUAGGUGUGGUUUUUGAAAGUGUUGAGAUUGGUCUUUUAAUCGCGGUUACAAUAUCCUUGGCUAAGAUUCUCCUACAAGUGACUCGGCCUCGUACAGCCAGUCUUGGUAGGAUUCCUAAGACAAAUGUGUAUAGGAAUAUCCAGCAAUACCCAGAAGCAACUACGGUUCCGGGUAUAUUGAUUGUUAGGGUUGACUCUGCAAUCUAUUUUUCAAACUCCAACUAUACAAGGGAGAGAAUAUUAAGAUGGCAUGAAGAUGAGGAAGAGCACCUGAAAGCAGCUUCCCUUCCCAGAAUUGAGUUUCUAAUACUUGAGAUGUCGCCUGUUACUGACAUCGACACCAGCGGCAUCCACGCCUUGGAAGAGCUGCUCAGUAGCCUACAGAAAAAGAAUGUUCAGCUUGUUCUGGCAAACCCGGGAAGAGUGGUGAUUGACAAGCUUCAUUUAUCCAACUUUAACAACCUGAUUGGGGAGGACAAAAUCUUCUUAAGAGUAGCAGAUGCAGUGCAAGCAUGUACGCCAAAAUUGGCAGAUAAUAAUGUGUAAUGGAUCGGACAAAGUAACUGAUACAUACCCUUUAAUGUAUGAAGUAACCAAUUUCAUCAA